AUGCAUAGCCCUGAGAGACAUGCCGCCCACCUGAACACUGUUGGUGUUUUGGGACUUCUGGUGUGGGAUAUGGAAUCAACGGGAAGAGUGCCGUUGCCAUUUCUUCACGAAUCAAUAUGCGAUCGCUCAAUACUUUCUAAACGCCCAGAUCCCGAGGUCGAUGGGCCUAAACGUGGGACUGCGAGCACAGAAAUAUCGGAAAGGGGUCUCGACCUGGAUCACCCAUACACACAGGGUCGACAAAAUGCCAUCAAGAACCUUGAAGAGAUCCUUUUGAGGCCUGGACCUGGAAGAUUGAGUGAAUGCUAG